AUGAAAGAUGGAAGUAGAAUUGUUGUGGUAGGAGGAGGAAUUGCUGGAGUUUCCUGUAUUCAACAUCUAGCGGAUUCAGAAGAACUACCUGAUUCAACUGAACUUGUUUUAGUUUGUGGAAAGAAUGGCUAUGUUAAGAGGGUUACAAACUAUGAAAAGGUAUGUUAAUGUGGCAAGAACUUUAUUUACAUUGCAGGGAUUGGUUUACAUUGCAGAUAAUAUCAAAAACUUUGUUUACAACUAAUGAAAACAUCUAAAUAAAGCGUUUUCAGGCAGGAAUAGUGAUGGAGAAGUUCCAAGUCGAAAUCGAAUCAGCUUCUACUUUUACCGGUCGAUAUUCUAAGGUUACCGUGAUAGAAGAUACUGUAAUUUCAUGGGAUUCAAAUACUAAAACAUUAAAGUUAUCAUCAGGAGAAGAGCUAAAAUACGAUAAAUUGGUAAUAGCCACCGGGGCAGAGCCAAAGACUUUGAAUUUCGAAAAAUGCGACAAAAUUUUGACGAUUCGCGACACGGAUACGAUAGCAAAGCUGGAAAAAAGACUGUGUAAGGCGAAGAGAGUGGCCAUAGUUGGUGAUGGUGGUAUUGGCAUGGAAUUGGCGUAAGUGGAAAGAAAGUUCCUGCCAUUUUUUGGUCUGUAAAGAAAGUUCUUGCUAUUUUAAGCACUUUCUUUUAGAUUUGAAUUGAAAAACCAGGAGAUAACCUGGGUUCUGAAAGAGGUAUCAGUUGGAUCCAUGUUUUUUGAUGUUCAGGUAGCAAUUGGACUAGAGAGAGGCUUUGAAACUGGCCGAAUCGAACCGGACUUGAAGGACGAAGCAAAGUAUCAACGGUACCAGACGUCUGAAGCUGAUACUAGUAGCAAAAAAGACGUUUUGGGAUGUUCGUUGGGACCGUUUUGGCUUGGAAGUCUUCAUCAACCAAGUGGGGCUGUUGGUACUGUUAGUGGUACUACUGGAACCAUUGGUGGUACUAGUGGUACUGCUUGUAACAAAAAUAGUGCUGAUUCAAAAAAUGGUCUACAUAGAAAGAUUGACAUAAAAAGAGGUGCAAAAGUUACUGGAUACGGUAUUAACAAUGAUGAGAUUACUGUAAAAUUAAGUGACGGAACGGAGGUUACGGUAGACUUGGUAAUAGAAGCUAUGGGUGUAUGGCCGGCUUCAAAAAUGUGGAAAGAAAGCUGUAAUGAGGUAUGAUGACCUAAAAUUUUGUUAAACUUAAAAAUUUCUAAAAAUUUAAAAAUUUGAAAAUUUUUUUAAAAAUUUUUUAAAUUGUGUUUUAUCUGCAAUUAGGUCUAAAAGUACUGCUACAAAACCAACCAUUUCAAAAUUUCAGUUACAACUGGCCGAGGACGGUGGAAUCAUAGUGUAUGAACACAUGAAAACCACCGUAGAUGACGUAUACGCAUGUGGAGAUGUGUGCACGGUGAAGUGGGAGCAUCAAAGUAAAUUGUGGAGGCAGGUAAGGUUUUAUUUUAUUAAUUACAAGUCCUUUUUAAUUAUUUAAAAGAGCAUUUUUCAAAAUGGAAGAUUUUUAUUAUAAUUUUCACUGAAAAUCUGCCAUUACCUACAAAUUGCCAUAACUUUUUGUACAGUUUUUAAAAUCGUAUCAAGUUACACAGAAUUGUAGAUAAUGGCAAGAACUUUCUUUACAAAACAAAAAAUGGCAAGAACUUUCUUUACAAAACGAAAGAUGACAAAAAUUUAAAGAUUUUAUCAAUUUUCGUUACUUUUUUUGAAAAAAAGUCAAUUAUAUGAUAUAUGUUUCAUUCAUAUUUUACAUUUUUUGACAUGAAAUUAAAGCCUGAUAUCUUAUUUUUAUGUAAUUCAGAUGCGUUUAUGGACCCAAGCCCGCCAGUUUGGCCAAUUUACAGCCCUAAAUCUAAUCGAACAUCAGCUCGAAUUGGACCAAAUUUUUGACAUUUUUGCUCAUACAACAACAUUUGCCGGCCAAAAAGUCAUUUUACUGGGCGAUUUUGAUGCCAAAGAUGGAGAAAUAGAGUUGGAAUAUGUUAAUGACUAUGUGAUAAGGACUGUCAUACGAGAUAACAAGGUUGUGGGGACAUGUUUGAUUGGCGAAACGGAUUGUGCGGAUAUGUUUGAACAGUUGAUUGUGACAGAAUUAGAUGUAUCAAAGUGCCCGAGACCUAUUAGUAAUCAGUAUGGAGACAUUGUUGAUUAUUUUGAUUAA